AUGGCAUCGGCCAUGGCAGACAUCCACAAAAACACCACAACCAUGAAUUCAACACCCAUCCUCAACCCCUCCGACACCGCGCUCCUGGAGACUUUCAUCCCGGGGUACUCCAUGCUCUCGCGUUUUCUAAUUUCUUACCUUCAAAUUGACCUCUCUCUGUACAUCCCCUACCUCAUCGCCGCAGCCGUCCUCGGCGCAGCCGCCCGCUACAUCUUCGAUCAAGUCCGCGAGUUCUUCAAUGAACACUGCAUCUCGACCGCUGAAAUCCGGCACGAUGAUGAGGUCUACACUUACCUGAUGCACUGGCUUUCGCAGCAGCCGUUCACGAACCGCACGACGCACUUUGUCGCGGGGACUAAAAUCUCUUCAUCAUCGCGGUACUAUGACUCGGACGACGAGGAUGAAUGGGGCGAGGUGGACGAGAUAGAUGAUGAGGGAAAUGUCAUCGUUGAUUUCGACGAGUACUGGGCCAAGGCUACGGCGCGGGACAAGCACAAGCGGCUGCAGUUCACCCCCAGUGACGGGACGCAUUAUUUUUGGUUUAAUGGACGCCCGCUGGCGUUUAUUCGGGUGAAGGAAGAAAACCAGAACUCGGGGGGCUUCUACGGAUUCGGAAAGCAGUUGGAGCGGCUCUAUAUUAGCUGCAUGGGUCGGAAUCCGUCCGUGCUGAAGGAGCUGCUGCUCGAGGCGCAGCGUUCCUACGUUGCGAAGGAUAAUAACAACACUGUCAUCUACCGCGGCCAGAAGAGCGGCGGGUACACGGAGUGGUCGCGGUGUAUGGCGCGGGCGCCGAGGGCACUGUCGACCGUUGUGCUGGAUCAGGAACAGAAGCAGAGCUUUAUCAGUGAUAUCAAAGAAUACCUGCACCCACGGACAAGACGAUGGUACUCCAACCGGGGCAUUCCUUAUCGCCGGGGGUAUCUCCUCCAUGGACCACCUGGAACCGGCAAGACGAGUCUUUGUUUCGCUGCAUCAGGCCUGCUGAGCCUGCAGCUCUACCUUCUUAAUCUAAGCUCGAAGAACCUAGACGAGGACGAACUUAUGAGCCUCUUCCAGGAACUCCCACGACGGUGCAUCGUCCUCCUCGAAGACGUCGACUGCGCCGGUAUGUCCCAGAAGCGAAGCACGGACCCCUCCACUUCCUCCGCUCCUCCCGAAGGUCAAAACAACCCCGAAUCCCAAAAUGGAGACAACAAGACCAGCGGCCCCGCAACGGGCCUUGAGAAACAAGGCGUCUCCCUCUCAGGCCUCCUAAACGUCAUCGACGGCGUCGCCGCCUGCGAAGGCCGCAUUCUCGUCAUGACAACCAACCACCCCGAAAAGCUGGACCCCGCGCUGGUUCGUCCCGGCCGGAUCGAUAUGUCCAUUGCCUUUAGAUACUCCACUGCCGCGGAUAUCAAGGAGCUUUUUACGGCUAUCUACUCCACGCUAGAGGGCGACCUGCGUGCGUCGAGCGCCGAGCGUCUUGCCCCGAAGCUGCAAAAGAAACUGCAUGAGAAGACUGGGGAGGGCCCAGCUGUUACUCACAUACUGGGUAAGUUCACUGGUUAG